UUCCUCCUCAUGCCCACGGAGCGCAAUGAUUCAUACAGGAGGGAGUGCCUCUCCUAUUUGUGUAUGGAGAAAGACUGGAGUGCAGCAGGCCUACUCAUUCAGGGUGUGCAUCAGAGCUACGCUUCAUGAUGUGCACAUGCUUCUGCAUUGGCUCAGUGAUUACAUCCUACCUAAACUGAGGAGCAUAAGCAUUUUUUAAAAGUUGGAAAGGGGGGCAAAUUGCUACGCUGGAAACCAAGGUUGUUCACAUGUGGAAAUGGCUCUACAAGAUUUGCCAGAUAUUUCUGCUAUGACAGAUGAAGUAUACCGAACGCGAAGCCAAAAGAGAGCAUUGGAGCGUGAAGGCCUGCAUAACGAUGUGGAUAUGAAGAAACCAAAAAUGGAAUGUUCCAGAGGGAAUGAUAGGGACAGUGAACUAGAUGAAGUGAAAGGGGGAAUGAGAAUUAAAACAGAACCCAUCGAUCGGGGUGGUGGUCGGACUCCUGGGUUGCUAAAGGGGCCGGGUGAAGUGAAAGCAACAAUUAAAGUAGAAGUACAGGCCGGUGAUGAACCUGUCGACAUGAGCACAUCAAAGAUCGAAAUGAAGAAGGGAAAGCGUGCUCCAUCACCAGAUAUCAUCAUCCUCUCUGACAAUGAAGCUUCAAGUCCCAGGAUGAACGGGCUUUCAAAAGAACCAGGAAGAAACGCAAAUCGAGAUGAUAUUAUGAAGAGCACGCCAGAGGAGCGAGAGAGAAUGAUUAAGCAGUUAAAGGAAGAGCUGCGGCUGGAGGAAGCCAAGCUUGUCCUACUCAAGAAACUUCGACAGAGCCAAAUCCAAAAGGAAGCUACCAUCCCGAAGCCUGCUGUCUCGACAGGCACUGCCAUGGCCACCCCACCCCCGCUGGUCCGGGGAACGCUGCAUGUUCCCGCUGGCAAGCCCAACUUCCAGGUAACCACUGCCCGCACAAUGGGUACGGUAAUUCCACCACCAUUGAUUCGUGGUGGUCAACAGGGAACCUCAAAACCUGGAUCCCAGCAGAACUCUCAAAUGGCAAUGCCACCGUUAGUGAGAGGAGCACAGCAAAUCCACGCCAUCAGGCCACAUGCCAGCACCGCUCCACCACCCCUGCUCCUGGCCCCACGGGCUUCGGUGCCCAGCUCAGUGCAGAUGCAGGGCCAGAGGAUUCUUCAGCAGGGACUGAUCCGUGUGGCCAAUGUCCCCAACACCAGCCUGCUUGUCAACAUUCCACAGGCAUCGAGUACGAUGAAAGCCUCAGCGUUGAAUUCAACUCAGUCAAAUGCCAACACCAAUACAGUGUCGUCGGUCAUGAAUUCCAAUGACUCACCAGCCAGUCGGCAGGCAGCCGCCAAGCUUGCUCUCCGAAAGCAGCUGGAAAAGACAUUGCUGGAAAUCCCACCACCCAAACCACCGGCCCCCGAGCUGAACUUCCUACCCAGUGCUGCAAAUAAUGAGUUCAUCUACUUAGUGGGCCUGGAGGAGGUGGUGCAUAAUCUUCUAGAAACCCAAGGUAAAAGUUCAGUACAGGGAUUGACCCAAGAGCCAUACGCCUGUUCUCAAUGUAAAACUGAUUUCACCUGUCGCUGGAGGCAAGGGAAAUCUGGCACUAUCAUGUGUGAGCAAUGCGUGACGUCCAACCAAAAGAAGGCAUUGAAAGCUGAGCAUACCAAUCGUCUGAAAGCAGCGUUUGUGAAGGCCCUUCAGCAAGAACAGGAGAUUGAACAACGGAUACUGCAACAGACAUCAUCUACUGUACAGAGCAAGCAGGACUCUGCAGUACAGCACCAUACGUUGAAACAGAGCUCUGGCCAGCUGUCUCGAGGGCCACAGUCAAUUACAACCAACCCCCGAGGAGUGCUGCACACGUUUAGCCAAUCGUCUCAACUGCAGAACGCUGCUCUUGUCAGCAGGCAAAAUAAGCACACCGAGCGAGCUGGGAGCAAGAGUAACACCACCACCUGGAGGAAGCAGAUCGGCAAUACAGGGGUUACAAUGGCAUACGCUAGCCCGAAUCUUUCGAUGCACAAGACAACUUCAGCUGUGGAACGUCAGCGCGAGUACCUGCUGGACAUGAUCCCUUCACGAUCUAUCAGCCAGUCAGCCACCACAUGGAAAUAAAUUGGGAUGGGGUGGGGGGGGAGGGAGAGGGAGGGAGGGAAAUAGCUCCGAGAGACAACCGCCAAAACCUUGCACCCCUCUUUACUGUUAACAUACAGUCCAACAAAGGUGUGGGGCCAACGUCAACCUAGCAACCCUGCCAUUUUCCCAUAGCUCUGUUCAGAUGAAAUCUGGAUUUCUUUACCUUUUGGACACUUCUUACACAAUGUAUAAGGAAAGUUACAACAUGUGACUAUUAGGAAUGAUUAUUCAUUUUGUUGGAUUAUAAUGAAAAUUGUGUGGGGAAAUGAGAAUUUUUUUUUACUUGCUGUUUGUGUGUGUGUGUGUGUGUGUGUGUGUGUGUGUGAGAGAGAGUGUGUGUGCGCGUGCGUGAGCACAUAUGGGAGUGCGUGCCUGUGUGUGUGCCUGUGUGAGUGUGUGCCAUUGUUUCUCGCCUUCAUAGUAUAAAGGACACCACCAUAGGUCUCAAGUUCUACAGUAGCAGUAUAGUUUUUUUUAGGGGCUUUCUCAUUCUCUAUCAUGUCCGCAAACACAAUAACCCUGUCAAUCAGCGUGAGGGGUGAAGUUGAGAAGAGGGCUUUUGAGUCAGUUACAGUUGUGACAAUUUGGAGCGUUGCAUUUUUAGGAACAGAGACUUGAAAUGCAAUCUGGGCAAUGUUGAAGGAUCACCAAUUCGUGCUGUCCAAAGUAUGAGGACUCUCCGAUGAUAUAGAUAUAUAUAAAUAUAUAUAUAUUUGUAACUCCCAUUCUUCCACUCCUAAAGUGUUCUUGCUUAAUUGCUUUUAAGCAAACUCUGAUUCUUUGCAGAUUCCAAUGACCCUCUGCACCUUGCCCACUUGCAACCCAAGCUUUAAACGACGGUUUCCUUUUACAGCAAAAAUUCAAAUUUGACUGAGAGAAGUAAAUGAUUAUGUGCAAUGAUGCUGGUGAUUUCCAGUGUGUGUGUUUCCUAGCUGCCCUACAACUCACUUUGCAUCAGUAGUAUGAGUAAACAAGUAACUCCUUCUGCCCUUUCACAAAUCCCAACAAACGCACAUUGAACAUAACUCAGUUUGCAAGCAGCCUACUUAACACUGGGAAUAGACGGGUAACCUAAAACACAGGUCAUUUUCUGUUGCUUUGAGUGGAGAAAUUAUUUUGACAAGGGUUUUGUGUUUUUUUUUGGAAGUUCAAUAUGAAGUUACUCACUGGUGAGCAAGCUACCCUUGGAUGCCAUUUCCAUUCUAGUCAAGGAUAUGACCUGAGCACUGAUAUUCCUCCACUUUGCUGAAGAGAUUUCAGGAGGGGAGGUCAAUUUUUCUGCCCUCUUGCUCCCCCACCACCUCCAUUGUGGCCCUGCUAUUGUUUGAAAACCUUCGCAUGGGGUAAUUAAUCAAUUACUCCAAUUAGUAUCAUCCUUAUGGCAGGUCUAGCUCCUAUGCUCCCGAUGCUGGAUUUUAUUAUGUGCCUGGAUCUUUGGUCCGUAAUCAUUUGAGAGGCAGGGAUAGAUCGUACACUGAACUUCACUAGAGGAGGAGGCUCUUGCAGUUUCUGCCAGUCUAUUUGAGACAGCUGCCCUUGCCUGAAUGCUGCAGUGCUCUAGUUGAAGAUAAGCCAUGCGUUUACAUUUGGACAGUGGCAGGGAGACAGAGGUGGGCCGAGGCUAUAUUUGAUCAUGGGCACUUGCUGCUUAAAGCCAGAGCUGGGAAGAGACUGUGUGAUAUAGAUGUGAUUUUAAAAACACGAACAUCCGCAAUGUUAAACUGUGACCAAGCAACUACGCACUCUGUUUUGAGCUGCAAGAAACUGGAAUUGACAAAAUGUUAUUUUAACUCGCUUCGCUUCCAGUGCAAAUAAUUUCCUUUGAUGUUUAGGGAGAUUUUUAUUUUCCCUCAUUUUUUUUGUUGUCCAAUUAGUCAUUUGAAAGCCAUUAAAAAGAUUUUGCCGGUUGUCCCUAUUUUUCUCCUAUAAAUCUUAAGGGCUCUCUUUAUUGAACAAGAAAUUUAAUAUCACCAGAGUAGGGUUAAUAUUCUUGAGUGGAGUUGCAUCAUUGCAAAGUGUGGUGUUGUAAUUUUCAGAAAUCCCAGUAUUUGCAUCUAAUCGGAUCCUCGUCAUGGAAAUGGGUCAAAAGAGGAUGUUUCCAAUUUGAUAAUGUGCAUAAAGGUAAGAGUUUAUGCAUAUUCAGCUUCUAACCCUAAUGAAGUGCUCCCAGGGUCUAAUAAGGAACAGCAGAGACCUAGUGAAUGCACCACUAAUGCCACACAACAGUAUUUUCAGGUUCAUUCCUCUUUUGAUCUCAACAGAUGAGAGCACCAAGAAGUAAGUGGAAGUGAUUCCCUCUGCCUUUCUAUCUGUUAAAUUAGGAAAAAGUUUACCAAAGUUUAUGCUGCUGCUGAUCAUCGUGACUCAGAUUGGGAAGACCAUUUGCGUGUAUGGAAAAGAAUAGUGGGGUUUCUGUGGACCCAGGUCAUAAUGAAAGGGGCAAUGAGGAGGCUUUCACACACUGGUCACUGCUCCAGAUUGUCUCCUGUAUACUGGUUCUGUGUUACUAGCAAAAUGUUUUUUCCCUUUUUUGUAGACAAAACACUUGCCUGGAUAUUUUGUACCAAUGUCUUUCAGUAUGUUUUUCUUUAGUUUGGAAUGGCGGGGUUCUGCUGGGAAGGCGGGUGGGUCACUGGCAAGUUAAUCCAUUUUGUAAUAUAUUGGGUGGAGCUGAAUAAUUGAAAGUUCUCUCGGAGACUCAGGUUCUCUGUUGCAAUGUACAUAACUGAAGUUUUUUUUUGUUGCAGAAGUUUGAAUUUGUUGCGAUCUUUAUUGGAUCUUUACGCGGUUUGACGUUCACUAUUCAGGCGGGAUUGUAGACUUAGAGUCGGAGCAGAAAAUGGCCCCAACUCUAAUCCACCUGGAGAUUGGGUUAGACCGUGUGAUGGCGCUUUUUUUAAUUGUCCCCAACUCUCUCUCCCUCUUCAGUCCUCACUGCCCAGCAUGCUUUCUAGGUAGAGUUGAGCUUUGCUGACUCUGCUCAUAACCCAUUAAACCAGUAGAAGAGGCACUUCUGUCCUUGAGUUGGUUCCAUUGUCCUCACUCCACUUCCUCCCCUAGCUGUUUACAUAUUGAAGUUGGUUGCAUCCUACUUGUUUUGGAGAGCCAAGUCCAACGCAUUACGUCUAUAUUAUGCUUUACAAAUGGCGAACUGUGCCCUAUGCCUUUUGCGCUUUCUCGCUUUCUCUAUCGCUCUCUCUAUCGUGCUUCCUUUCUCGCUCUCUUGCUCAUGCUUUCUCGCUCUCUGUCUCUGAUGAGUAAUCCCUUAAAUCUAGGAUUGAGGAUAGAAGGCAAAAAUGUGCUUCAUGAUGGAGUGGCUUGAUAACUUCAACUUGUCCACCAUCCCAUAUUGGGAACCCCCCUCUUCCUGCUCCUCUUUCCCCCUCUCUGGGAAAGAAAGGGAAGGAGAUGCAGGUGCAAGGCUGUGAUGUCUGGAACCUGGGUUCAAACUGAACCCAAUUUGGGAUGGAAGUUGUCUCUUGUCCACUGGCUCUUAUGUUAGUUUGGGGGCAUGCUCAAUCAUUGUAGUUCCCUGUGGGAAUAGGCCCCCACACACGCGCAUGCGCACACACACACACACACACACACACACACACACACACACACACACAUAUAUAUACACAUACACAUACACAUACACACACGCGUGCGCGCACACACAUACACACACACAUAUAUAUACACAUACACAUACACAUACACAUGCGCGCACACACACACACAGUACAAUGUGUUUGGACCUACCCCAUCUGGUCAGGUAAGGUCAUUGUCUUUGUUUUUGGUUUUGUGGGGAGAGGGACAAGUAGCCAUGUUUGACAAUACUUUUAUAUUUUGAAGGAAAUGUAGAUCGUUGUGCCUCUUUCGAACGAUCAGUAACAAAUUGAUACCAAAUAAAGUGCCCAGCUUCACUGCAAAAGCGUUUGGGUUGCAAGAUGAUCGGAAACCUACAUCAACCAUCUUCCUCUUCAGGCCCCAUUCCUAUUCUCUUUGUCCCUUCCUUCCCAAAAAUUAGUUGUCGGAGGAAAGGCGGGGGGAAGCAGGAAAAGAGCAACUGACAGUUAAGUUUCUAGAAUGAAUGCAAACGUCCCAGAAACCUCAAGCACAUAUUGUCUGUAAGCAGAAACUGUUUUCACGUGGGAGCAACUGUAUACGUGGAAAUUACUGCAGAUUUUACAGAAAACCUGCUCCAUGCUAAAGAACUUUUAUCUCCACUUUGCAUUGUCAGCAAAUUAUAUUCCAGCUGACUGAAGUCACAAGAAUCAAUGCAGAUGUAUUGGUUAUCUUCUGGACCUUCCAUUUACUGUGACUAUAGCCUUUAAUAGAAAGAAGUUUCAAAGAAAUUGCUCGAGAUGCCCAAUCCCACUGAAGCUCUGCUGGGCAAUUUAAAUCCAUGCUUGAAAUGGAUAUUGUAUAUUGUAUUGUGAGGGAUUUUUAGCAUUUGAAUGACAAAUAAACAGGACAAACAGCAUUGUGGCA